AUGCCUUCCGCAAAGUCACAACGAAUAUACCCUCACAUCAGCGAUCUUCAUGCCCGAUCAGAGGGCCUCCAUCCUACGGGACGCUCGAUCAAGUCGUGGGUUGACGAAGCCAAAGUCCACUGGCGGCAAGCAACAUGGCAUUAUGAGUUUGGGAGGUUGGACUCGGCGUACUGCGAUUUUAUUAUGGCCAAUACCAUCAUAUUAGAAACUAUCCCGAAAUGUGUAGAUUAUCCUACCUUUGUGUCUGGCCAACGGGGAAUGGCUUACAUGGAAUGGAUCAAGCUGAAAGAGGAAUUAAAAGCAAAAACCCCCCUCUACCUCAAAGUAAAAGAAGAAAUCAAGAAAGAUAAUGAGCUCUCUGGAGUUCAGAGUGCAAAUGCCCAGCUUGAAGCCGAGAGGGUUGCGGAGAGGGUUAGAGCUACCCUCCAUCCAGGGACUGGGGUAUCCCAAGACAUUCCACCGAAAACGAAGCCGGAAGUCCGAGCGAAACCAGAAUACCUGUCAAUGGGCAAAGAACAUUCUCGAACAGGCUCUGGAGCCAAAUCCCCACAGCUGAAUGGUCAAGUGAUUGUUCCGACAUCAAGUUCACCAGCGUCGCUCUCGCAGCAAGUCCCCACGACUCCGCCUACGGUCGUUCACGGUCCUCGAGAGAUGCCGACAAAACUGCCUCCGUUAAACGUGAAUGCGAUGCCUACAUUACCACCCCCCACUUAUUCCCCAGCUACUAGUCAUGGGGGUAUGUUACCUUCGCGAAAUACAUCACUCCCUUCUACUGACGGGAAUGGUGCGUCCCGCCAACCAAAGCCCAAUUUUCCGAAUGAUACGAUAAUAUCGGUGGAUACUCUAUACAAUUAUCUAAGCAAAGAGUCACAAGUUACAAUCCUCUUACUAGAUGUUCGUAGUCGAGAGGAAUUUGAUGAGGGGCAUAUCUACGCAAGAUCGGUAGUCUGUAUUGAACCUAUAGUUCUUCGCGACGGGAUGUCCGAAGAUGAUUUGGAUAGAAGCUUUGUUCUAGCACCAUCAAAAGAACAAGAAUUGUUCAGUGCAAGAGACAAAUACGAUAUUGUGGUUUAUUACGAUCAAUCCAUGGCCAACAAAAAGUUUCUUUCUGGUUUGACACAGGACGAACAUCAGAUAGCUCUUCGAAGCUUGCAUAUGGCCAUUUACGACUUUGCUUUUAGGAAACGAUUGCAGAGGGCACCGAUGCUACUAGUUGGAGGCCUUGAUGCUUGGAUAGAGUUGGUUGGGAAACAUUCUUUGAAAACUAGCGAUACCGCAGAGUUUGCAAAGUCGGAACCAACAUCUAGGCCUUCAAGUCGGGUAGGAAGGCAAUCUAUAUCGCUCGAAAAACCUCGCAGUGGUAUUGGAGUCAUACGAGAUGCGUCACCAAGCGUGUCUGAGAACCGGUUGUCAUUGGCCAAGAGGCGGCAGGAUCGUGAUCCCCAAAGAGGUUCCAUGCCGCUGCCAGUGCAAAGGAGGGAAAGAGAACCCCUUACUAUCAGUGUCCCACCCGUAUCUCCACAUCCAGAUGCCGAUGUUGAAUCAAAAAAGCGGCGGCGAGGAACUUCUAUAGUCGCAGGGAAUGACAACUUCCCGACUGGAUAUGUUAGAACAAUGGAGGAAUUUUUCCAACGGUAUCCCGCACAACCGUCGAUGUCCCCUAUCCCACCAACACCGAUAAGUGCUGGAACUCCAAUAACUCCACGCGGGCAACACACGAUCAUCGACCACCCAUUUUAUGGGUUUACUGAUGUCCGUAAUCCAGACUUCAAUCCCCCGCCCACCCCAAUCAGACCACCACCUGCAGUUCCACGAAAGAGCUAUAGCGGAGUCUCAGAGCGUCUUGCCCCGCCUAUACCCCCGCCCCUUCCCCCUGCCCCUGAAAUACCGCCGAGACCACCCAAAAUCCCACUUAUCCUAGAUGGAGAAUCGGGCUCACCAUUUCGAACAAUUGGGAGCAUAAAUAUUGGUAAAACUGGAUUAAAAAAUUUGGGAAAUACCUGCUACAUGAACGCAAUACUGCAAUGCAUGAGCGGUACAAUACCACUAUCGCGAUACUUUUUAGAUGGGAGUUACAGAAGUCACAUCAACAAAGACAAUCCGCUCGGAUCUCGAGGAGUUUUAGCAGAGGCAUUUGCAAGUGUGGUAAAGAACUUGUGGAGUGGUGAAUACAAAUUCAUUUCUCCUGUAACGAUAAAGGAUGUGUCUGGCCGAUUGAAUGAAAUGUUUAAAUCAGAUGAUCAGCAAGAUGCCCAAGAAUACCUUGAGUUCCUAUUGGAUGGGCUGCACGAAGAUCUUAACCCUUACGCAAAUCGAACUAAGCUCAGGCCUUUGACAGACGAGGAAGAAAGACGACGAGAGACCCUUCCUCAGCAAACAGCAUCGCAUUUGGAAUGGCAACGCUAUAUCCAUUCGAACUUUUCGGUCGUCGUAAAUUGGUUUCAGGGUCAACUAAGUAGUAGGCUCAUGUGUUUAACGUGUGGUAUCACUUCGACCACGUAUAGCGGAUUUAUGUAUCUCUCGCUUCCAAUACCUUCGAAAAGGGGAGGAUUUACCCUCGCGGACUGUUUGGAGGAGUUUGUGAAAGAAGAAGUACUCGAAAAAGAUGACGCUUGGCAUUGCCCGAAUUGCAAAAAGGCUCGGAAAGCUACGAAGAAACUCACUAUCACUCGCCUACCUCACAUUUUGAUUAUUCAUCUAAAGCGGUUUACAAAUCGGGGCCUAUGGCGGGAUAAACUCAACACAAUGGUCCAGUUUCCUUUAAAAGACUUGAAUCUAACAAAAUACGUACCACCUUUAUUGCCUAGGGGUGCAUUGGGCCCCAACGCCCCUGAACCUAGUGCCGAAGUGACGCCGCCUUUUAUGUAUGACCUUUACGGGGUAUGCAACCAUUAUGGAACGCUAAACGGGGGUCACUACACGUCCUUUGUGAGAAAUAAUCAUCAGAAUGCUUGGAACCAUUUCGACGACAGUAAGGCAAGCUUUGUUGACGAUUCUGCAGUAGUGUCUCGGAAUGCAUACGUGCUUUUUUGGGUCCGGUCAAAUGUUAUGUGA